AUGAGCGCAAGAACUCCUAUUCCAACAUUCAUUCUCAAAACUUAUCAAAUGCUUGAAGAACAAAAACAUGCUCACAUUGUCAGUUGGACUGCUUAGGGCACAGCCUUUAUUGUAUAUAAUCAGUAGAAAUUGGAGAAGGAGCUUUUAUAAAAUUUCUUUAAGCACAGCAAUUAUUCAAGUUUUGUCAGACAGUUAAACUUAUAUAAUUUCAAGAAAGUUCGAUCAAAUGACGGAUAAAUUUUUAAACACAAAUGCUUUAGAAAAGGAAUGAAAUCUAUGUUAUAAUUUAUUAGGAGGAGAAAUCAAGAAGAUCUUGUUACUCCCGCUAUUUAGGAAGAACCAACAAUUUAAAUUAAGGAAGAAUAGAACUUAUUUAAGGAAUGUGCCAUAGAUAUCAAGGAGACAAAUAAUAAGUUGAAAGAAGAUAUGAAACUCCUCUAAGAAACAUCUUCCUAUCUAAUUGACUAGAUGUAGAACUUAAAUCAUUUUGUCUACAAUUAAAGUGUUGACAUUGAAGUCAAAUUUAAAUAAGUAGGCCAAAUGCUGCACGCCAUAAACGAAGAAUUAAGAUAAGAAAAUAAAAGUGAUACUUAAACCAACAAGUUUUCAGAAGAAUUCAAAUAAAUCAAGGAGGACGAUUUUCAAGAAUCUAAAAUCGGAUCUCCAAACCCAUAUGUAGAUUACAACAGUAUAGCACUUAAUCCAUUGGAUUAUGAGUGUUUCAUAGACUCCUUUUUAUGA